AUGGCGCAGCGCGAGGUCUGCGUCGGCUGCGACCGCCCGCCCUGCGUGUGCUACUGCGACCUGCUUCCGUCGCCGCGCCUCUCGCCGGGCUUCCGUAUCCACUGCAUACAGCACCCGAACGAGGCCAAGCGCAAGGCGCUCUCGAGCGUCCCGCUGCUCGCCCAUGCGCUCGACGACUUUACACUCGAGGUCGGCGACGUGGCCUCGGCACCGCCAUCCGAAUAUCGUCGUCAGCGCGUGCUGCUCUUCCCAGGGCCGACUGCGACGCUCCUCAUGCCGCGUGACAUUGCCAACCUCGAACUCGUCGUCGUCGAUGGCACGUGGAAAGAGGCCAAGCGCAUUGUGCAUCAGAGCGAGAGCUUGCAGGCGCUGCCGCGGGUCUUGAUUGCGUGCGAGGGCGCAAGUUUGUACGGCACGCUGCGCAAGGAGCCAAAGGACGGCUGCGUCUCGACGCUCGAGGCCGUCGCGCAAGCCAUCACGGUGCUCACGGGCAAUGCGUCUAUCCAAGCCUCGCUCGUGUCGCUCUUUGGAGCGGUCGUCGGCCGGCAAACUGCGUACGUCAACGCAGGCAAGCAAGCCAAUGCCGCCUACUACAACGGCGUGCCCAAGCCCGAGCGCGCGCGGACCCUCGCCCGCGCCAACGUCGGGCACGAGGCAAUCGACGCCGACGUCCGCGAAUAUGUUUUGUACGCGACCGAGACACGCCUCGAUGGCUCGAGCCGCUGGCACAUUGUCGACGACGCGUUUGUGAGCACUUACAGCGCGGCCAUGCGCCUCUGCGUCGAGCGCAACGUCGGGCGCAAGCGAGGCGACCGGGUCGGUGUCGUGCUCAAAGCCACCUUUGACAAACGCCAGCGUUGUCCGUCAACCGAAGCUCCGCGUGUCGAUACUUAA